UGGGGGAUCGUGAUGUUGGAUCCUAAUCCCUCAGCGUUGGCUGCAGCACGGCCUUAGGAUAAACUGACAUGGACAUUUGAAAAUGCUACUUGGACGUUAGCAAUUAUUUAAAUGAUUGCUCAGAAGUCAUUUUCAUCUAAAGGGAAUGCCAACUCUGGUUCAGCAUGCAGCACUGCGCACACCAACGAAGGUAAAAGUCUUUCAGCCGUUGAGGACUUAACGCCGAGACUUACACUCCACAGAAGAUCGCACCUGCAGCAGCACUGAGAGGAAUUUACGGCUCCUUGGGAGGAUUAUGCCAUUAUAGGUUACAACUUGAGCUUUUCUUAGAGUACCACGGCUACCGGGCAAAGUCAGUCCUGCUUUGCUAACACCAAGCAGGAACCAUGGAUGACCCCUAUCACAACAAUGUGACCCAGCAGGGGACAGAAGGUGGAGAGUACACCUACACCCAGGAGGGAGGAGGUCCAGAUGGCUACCCUUACCAGGCGGACUACCCUCCGCAGGAAGAGGACGCUCGCAGCGAUGCCACCGAGGGCGCAGACGACGACGAGCAGAUGUACGAGGGCGAGUACCAGGGGGUUCCCCAUCCCGACGAGAUCAAGGAGGCUCGGCGGGCGGCUCGUUUGGAGGCCAGGAGGAAAGCCCGUCAGGCUGCCCAGCAGGAGGAGGAGGACAACCUGCCGGAGCAGUACGAGACCCUGAUGGAGGACUGCGGCCACGGACGCUUCCAGUGGAUGCUGUUCGCCGUGCUGGGCCUGGCGCUGAUGGCUGACGGAGUGGACGGCUUCGUGGUGGGCUUUGUGCUGCCCAGUGCUGAGAAGGACAUGUGCCUAUCCAACUCGGACAAAGGAAUGCUUGGUCUGCUGGUGUAUGUGGCGAUGAUGGUGGGGGCGUUGGUGUGGGGGGGUCUGUGUGACAAGAUGGGCAGGAGGAAGUGUCUGAUCUACGUCCUGAGCAUCGACCUGGUCUUCUCCUUCCUGUCCUGCUUCGCUCAGGGCUACGGCUUCUUCCUCUUCUUCAGGAUCUGCUCCGGCUUCGGGAUUGGCGGCUCCAUCCCGAUAGUUUACACCUACUUCACGGAGUUCCUGCAGAUGGACAAACGUGGAGAACAUCUGAGCUGGCUCUGCAUGUUCUGGAUGCUGGGGGGUCUGUACGCCUCCUUCACCGCCUGGGGAAUCAUCCCGCACUAUGGUUGGGGAUUCGCCAUCGGGACGGAGUUCCAGAUCCACAGUUGGAGAUUAUUCAUCUUCGUGUGUCUCUUCCCUGCGGUGGCUGCCCUCGUCGGAGUCAUCUUCAUGCCGGAGAGCCCUCGUUUCCUCCUGGAGGCGGCUCGACACGAUGAGGCGUGGAUGGUGCUGAGACGAGUUCACGACACCAACUGGAAGGCCAAGGGAGAGCCAGAGAGAGUCUUCACUGCGACCAACAUCAAGACUCCACAGACUGAGGAGGACGAGUUCAUCGAGAUCCAGAGCGACACGGGGACGGCCUUCCAGCGCUGGACCGUCCGACACAUGACCAUGCUGCAGCAGGUGAUGGCUAACAUCAUGUCCCUGUCGGCCCCUGACCUCAGACUGCAGGGUCUCUUCCUCCUCAUCGUCUGGUUCUGCCUGGCCUUCAGCUACCACGGGCUGGGAGUGUGGUUUCCCGAUAUGAUCAAGUACAUGCAGUACGAGGAGUACGAGUCCAAGGUCCGAGUGUUUCACCGGGAACGAGUCGAACGCUUCCACUUCAACUUCUCUCUGGUCAACCAGAUCCACCGCGAGGGGGAGUACAUCCACGACAAGUUUGCAAACAUUGAGAUUAAGUCUGUGAAGUUUGAGGAUUCUCUGUUUGAAAACUGCUACUUUGAGGAUGUCAAGUCCACCAACACCUUCUUUGAGAACUGCACCAUCAAAAACACCGUCUUCUAUAACACAGACCUCUGGAAGGAGAAGUUUAAAGAAUGCCGGAUGGAGAACACCACCUUCCUCCACCCGAAGAAAGGCUGCCACCUGAACUUCCAGGAGGAGAACGACAUUGUCAUUUACAUGGUCAGCUUCCUGGGGAGUUUGGCCGUCUUACCCGGAAACAUCAUCUCUGCUUUGUUCAUGGACAAGAUAGGAAGGAUCCGAAUUAUAGGUGGUUCCAUGUUGGCGUCGUCCGCCUGCACCUUCCUGCUGCUGCUCAGUUUCAGUCAAGGAGCGGUAAUAUGUUGGCAGUGUCUCUUUUACGGCACCAGCGUGGCGGCUUGGAACGGGUUACAGGUCAUUUCUGUGGAGCUCUACCCCUCCGCCAAAAGAGGGACGGCAUUCGGUAUCCUGAAUGGGAUCUGCAAGAUUGCCGCCAUCCUCUCCAGCUUCAUCUUCGCCAAAUUCAUCGGCAUCACGAAGAUCAUUCCCAUCUUCCUGGCCUUCGUUGCCCUCGUCUGCGGGGGUCUGGUGGCCCUGAAGCUGCCGGAAACCCGGGAGAAAAUCCUCCAGUGAAACAGCCAAACUCCUGCAGCCUCCACCGCUGCAUCGCUAUGAGGAAAGCUUUUUUGGGGGGGGGGGAAAGUGUAUCAGCUUAAACUGAAUUGGAAAGAUGCGGUUGCUGUGUUAUAAUAUUUAAAGAAAUGUUGAAAACCUGUCUGGUUGCCUACCUGAACCCGUGGUUGCUUUCUAUUCCCUCUGUGAGCUCCUCAGGCUCCUGUUAACAAAACUAGUGGUUCCUUUUGAUCAUUUACUCUCCGUCUUCUACACCGAAAAACCUGAAAAGUUGACUUUAAUUAAAAGUAUUAAGUCAACAAACUUCACAUAACUGUAAUAAGUUAGUUGACAGCAAUAAUAUAAAUUGGUUCAACUUAAUAUCAUUGCUUUCAGCUAGAGUCUAUGUUUUUCAGUACACACACACACACACACACACACACACACACACACACACACACACACACACACACACACACUGUAGCGACAUGUGUUUUCUUUGAGGUUUGUGUAAAAGAAUAAGAGAUGUGUGUACUUGAAAGGUGAUGUAGUUCAUGUUACCAUGUUGUGCUUUGAUUCCAUUCCCCUGCUGGAUAAAGAAAAAGGAAGGACUUAUAGUCCCAUUGGAUUUGAAUCCCGUUGUAUGUCCUCCGAGGCUCAGCAGCAACAUCACCGUUGUUAUUCAGAGAAAACACCUCUUUUGUUCACCCAGACUUUAUGUAUUCUGUCGGUCCUGUGUGUCGUCUUCUUUUAGUCCACUUGUUGUUGCUAGACUUAAACCUGGAUUUAAUUAAACGUAGGCGUUAUUUUACUGGAACAGCGGACUGGAUCCUCCUCCUUCUUUGUCCCUCGAAAAACACGUUGUGUGCGUUUGUUAAAAGUAGAGCUGUGUUUAUGAGUGGUGAAAACGUAGAGUGUUAUAUGUCACAUCUUGCCAUGACAUCAAAAUAAGGAACUGUUUGUUUAUUGAUCUGUUUUUGUUUUCUAAAAAAGUGAAAUUAGAUGUUUUGAUAUGAGGCUCUCAUUUUAAUGUUCUGACGAAGAACAGUUUUACGGAACCUGCUGCGUUUCUGACAACACGUGUCAAGAUUUCUAAGGAGCAUGUUAUGUUUUUUUGGCGUGACUGAGCUGUGUGUGUGUGUGUGUGUGUGUGUGUGUGUGUGUGUGUGUGUGUGUGUGUGUGUGUGUGUGUGUGUGUGUGUGUGUGUUUGUGUGUGCAGUUGUUAUCCACAUGUCUGUGCAUUUACACAAUAGUCUGACUACCACUACUGUAUUUGUUGUUGUACAUACUGUAGACCUGUGCAUAUCAGUUGUAAAAUAGUAGCUCCGUCAUGACUUGAAUAAAGAUGAGGGCUUAUCAUAGUUUCCUCGUUUCUAAUUCAUGCUGAAUGUGCAAAUUAAACAAAAAUUACCUCCCACAAUCAUCAUUUAUUUUCCAAUUAC